AUGGCCAUACGGUUCAAGAGCGGGGAACAAGAGGUCCUCCAUCUCCAAGGAAUCAGCGAAGUUGCCGACGACGAGAGCAUUUCAAGCGACAAUGCUGCGCUCGCCACGUUGGGGUACAGGCAGGAGUUCAAGCGGUCCUUCACCGCCUUCGAAGUCUUUGCGAUCGGAUUCAGCGUCAUUGGCCUCUUCCCGUCCAUGUCAUCCGUGCUUACUUUCGCCAUCCCGUAUGGAGGGCCUGUCGCGCUCGUCUGGGGUUGGGGCAUAUGCUCCUUUUUCCUCAUGUUCAUAGCGCUCGCACUCGCCGAGCUGGGUUCCGCUGCUCCCACCUCCGGCGGGCUCUACUACUGGACAUGGUCCUACGCAAGCCCGAGGUGGCGUAAUCUGUUAUCUUGGAUCGUCGGAUACUCGAAUUCCAUCGGGCUCAUAGGCGGCGUUGCGUCCGUUGACUGGGGGUGUGCCGUCCAGAUCCUUGCCGCGGUCUCUAUCGGGCGCGAUGAGCAAUUCACUCCCACAACCCCGAUGAUCUAUGGAGUCUUCGCCGCGAUUGUGCUGUCCCACGCCUUCAUCGCUUCUCUCGCCACUCCUGUCAUCGCGAGGCUGCAAGGGGUAUACGUCCUGCUCAACCUCUUACUUUGCGCCAUUAUCAUCAUCGCCCUCCCCAUUGCGACGCCCAAAGAGUUCAGAAAUUCGGCAUCCUUUGCGUUCGGAGGGUUCACCAAUCAUGCAGUGGUGGGAUGGUCAAACGGGUUCGCGUUCAUCUUGAGCUUCCUCGCGCCGCUGUGGACUAUCGGCGGGUUCGACGCUCCCGUCCACAUUAGCGAAGAAGCCACCAACGCCAAAGUCGCGGUCCCUUGGGGCAUCAUCAGUGGGGUUGGAAUCGCUGGAAUCGUUGGUUUCGUGAUCAACAUCGUCCUCGCCUUCUGUAUGGGCACGGAUAUGUCAAGCAUCGUGGGCAACCCCAUCGAACAGCCGAUGGCGACGAUUCUUUUCAAUAGCCUCGGGAAGAAUGGUACGUUGGGUGUCUGGUCGAUCGUCGUGUUCGUCCAAUAUCUCAUGGGAUCCGCCACAGUGUUCGCCUUCGCGCGCGACGGCGCGCUCCCGUUCUCGCGCAGCCUCUACCGCGUCAGCCCGCUCACGCAGACGCCCAUAACCGCGGUCCUCGCGUGCGCGACCGUCGCGCUCCUCCUCGCGCUCCUCGCGUUCGCGGGCGACGCCGCCGACAGCGCGCUCUUCUCGCUCUCGAUCGUCAGCCAGUACACCGCGUACUGCGUCCCGAUCCUCUCCCGCUUCCUCGGCCGCGGCGAGCGGCGGUUCGUGCCCGGGCCGUUCUCGCUCGGGCGUGCGUCUGGCACCGCUGACGCGCGCGCGCGGGUGCAGGGCGCGCCCGUCGCCGCGGUCGCGGUCGCUUGGAUGGCGUUCUCGAUCACGAUCCUCGCGUUCCCUGCGCUGCCGGGGAACCCGGGCGCAGGGGGAUGA